AUGGUCGCUGAAAAAGUUCUUUUCACCCCUCUUCAAAUCGGAAGUAUCACUCUGAAGAAUCGCAUUGGAAUGUCUGCCAUGACGAGGAAUCGCGCAUUGCAAACGUAUCCUAACGAUCUUUUAAAGGAAUACUAUGUUCAGCGCACCAAAGGUGGUGCCGGACUCAUCGUCAGCGAAGGUAUCUUGAUUACUCGUCAAGGGACUGAAUGGCCCAAUGCACCUGGAAUCUGGGAUGAAAAACAUAUUUCCGAGUGGAAGAAGAUUACCGACGCUGUUCACGAGGCUGGAGGAAAGAUGUAUGCUCAGUUAUGGCACGUUGGUCGAGUUGCUCACCCAGAUGCACCAGAGCAAAAACUUGCUGGCACUCCUAUAUAUGCGCCUUCUGCUAUUGCUGCUAGGGGCGGCAAAUACCGCUUUCUCCCAGGAGAGCCUGGCAAUGUUACUCCAACCGAAAUAGAUGACCCAAAACAAUUCAUCGAAUUGUAUAAGCAGGCCGCAAUCAACGCAAAAGCAGCUGGCUUCGAUGGUGUAGAAAUUCAAGGAGGGAAUGGAUACUUGAUCCACCAAUUCUUGGACAGCACCUCGAAUAAACGCUCAGAUGAAUGGGGUGGAAAUAUCGAGAACCGUGCGAAGUUUGGUCUAGAGGUCUUGAAAGUCGUUGUGGAAGUAUUUGGCCCAGACGUCGCUCUGAAGGUCAGCCCUAACGGAGGCUACAACGAUGUUGGGAUGCCGCUUCAAGAGACUCUCGAUACAUUCUCCUACUUCAUAACAGAGUCUGAUAAACUGGGGCUCGCCUAUAUCACGCUUGUUCAAUAUCAUCCAUAUUUUGAUCCAGUUUUUGACGUUCAACGGGCCACUAAGCACGACGUUAUUGCAGCCUACGCCCAUUUACCCAAGCACUCCAAGGUAUUUGUCAACUCUCUCGUCACUGCUGAAGUAGGCGAGGAACUCGUUGCGUCUGGUAAAGUCUCCGGGAUCUUCAUCGGGACGCAAUGGAUCAAUCACCCGGACCUUGCGAAGCGUAUCGAGCAUGGAAAGCCGCUUGAUAACCAGCUGAAUUUUAUGGGUCUUAAUUCGAGCGGAGAAGAGGGGUACACAGAUUAUCCAACUGCUGUGUAUUAA